AGCGGGGAGGCGGGAGGCGGGAGGCGGGAGGCUGCGGCCGCAGCGCUCAGUCCAGCAGCGCAGCAGGAGGGAGGCGCGAGGCAGGAGUCGGCGGCUGGGCUCCGCAGCGCAGCCAGCGCAGCGCGGCGCCCCGGGCCCGGCCCCAUGCCCGCAGCCCCGCCGGACCGCCCUUGAGCGCGGGCGUCUAGCCCGCGCCCCCUGCACGCCGGCACCAUUGCCCCGACGGCGCGGCCGGGCGGCCCGGCGCUCCCCAGGCUCCGCGCGGGCCGAAAGACGCUGCUAGCGGCCGCCGCGGGCGUGGUGAUGCUGCUGGUGCUGGUGGUGCUCAUCCCUGUGCUGGUGAGCUCGGGAGGCCCGGACGGCCACUAUGAGAUGCUGGGUACCUGCCGCAUGGUGUGCGACCCCUACCCCGCGCGGGGCCCCGGCGCCGGCGCGCGGCCCGACGGCGGCGACGCCCUGAGCGAGCAGAGCGGCGCGCUCCCGCCUUCCACGCUGGUGCAGGGCCCCCAGGGGAAGCCGGGCCGCACCGGCAAGCCUGGCCCUCCGGGGCCUCCCGGGGACCCAGGUCCUCCUGGCCCUGUGGGGCCUCCGGGGGAGAAGGGUGAGCCAGGCAAGCCGGGCCCUCCGGGUCUGCCGGGCGCGGGAGGCAGCGGCGCCAUCAGCACGGCCACCUACACCACGGUGCCGCGCGUGGCCUUCUACGCCGGCCUCAAGAACCCCCACGAGGGUUACGAGGUGCUCAAGUUUGACGACGUGGUCACCAACCUAGGCAACAACUACGACGCGGCCAGCGGCAAGUUUACGUGCAACAUUCCCGGCACCUACUUUUUCACCUACCAUGUCCUCAUGCGCGGCGGCGACGGCACCAGUAUGUGGGCAGACCUCUGCAAGAAUGGCCAGUUCCUGGGCUCCCGCUCCAAGACAGACGCUGCUGGGCACCGUCUGGAACGCUGCUGGAAAUGCGGGAAACGAACCCAACUAGUCAGAGCGCAGGGCUCACAGACGCUGGAGCUGGAAAACGCUGAGUGUGUUGGGGACUCUGGUACCGGGACUCGCAUGUGCCUGUAGCUCUCCUUGGAAUGGCCGACCCCAGGACCAACCUCCACCCAGCCCCACCCCGGGGUGACAAUUUUAGCCAGCUAUCUUGAUACCAUCUCCCUUCCCAGUGCUCCCACUCAUGGUGGCCUGCGGCCUGGGGGUGUGGUCAGGCCGAGUAUUCUCUUGGAAGAAGGGGACCGCUGGUCAGAACUAAAACUGAGCUAGUGGAAGUUGAGGAGGAAUCUCCCACGAUUGAGAUGCAAGACCUUGUUGGAACCCUUCCCACGGCAGCACUGCCCUGAAGCUCUGCCAGCCUGCGGGUCUGCAAGUCUUGGGGGCAGGGACAGGAGCAAGCAGGGAAAGUGAGCAGAUAGCCAGCCAGGUUCUUGUAAGUCAGCCCCUCUUCUCUUUCUUCUGCUUGGCUGCUACCCCCCACCCAACACCUUUUCUCUGGUUUCUGCCUCUCCCCUGCCUCUUUCUUCUAUUUUUCUGUUUCUUAUCCAUCUCUCUCCUGUGUCUGCCUUUUCCGUCUCUCCCUGGGUUUCUGGCCUCUCCUCCCCGGGUCUAACCCCACUCUUCUCUAUUCCUUGUAUGUCUCUCUCUCCCACGUGUGUCUAUCAGACAUCCCUGUGUCUCUCCUCUUUGUCCUUGGUUCCUGACCAAAUGGGAGGCCCCAGUAUCCAGCAAAGGCUCAUUCUGCAGACAGCCCCAUGAUUCCCCCUAUUAAUCACCAAUAAGGGAUGCAGCAAUGUCACCUUCAUCAAUGGAAUGUCUUCCUUUCCCAAAGAAGUUUGGGCUGACACAGAGCUGAGGUUUCAGAGGACUGACAGCUUGCCUGGAUAGGGAGGCAGUCAUCAGGCCACAGGUUGGCCCUAGACCCUGCACCACCUCAGGAAGUCCCCACAGGUCCCCAGAGAUGCUGUGUGCUUAGAGUGGGGAACUUGCGUCAGUCACUGGGAGGUAAAACCAUCUCAAAAGCUCCUUUUCCCUCCAGCAGGGGCAGGGUGUUGACAGAGUCUGAUGAAGGGGUGCUCAUUGGAGAUGGGACCACA